AUGGGUGGACCAGGAGCGUAUACGUUGGGCGUGUCCCUGUUUGCAGCCAUUGGCACUUUUCUCUUUGGUUUCGACACGGGCAUUGCGACCACCACAAUUGCGCAUCAGUCGUGGAUAGAUUAUAUGCAGCAUCCUUCUAAAGGCCUGACGGGAGCUGUGGUUGCUAUCUACAUUGCGGGUGAGGCUGUUGGGGCUCUUGUUCAAACGGCAAUUGGAGACCAACUUGGUCGCAUUCGGUUCAUGCAAUUGAUGUGUAUCAUCGUAACCAUUGGAACAUCAAUUCAGACUGGCGCAGUCAAUAUCGGCAUGUUUCUGGCUGGUCGUUUUAUUGCUGGAUUUGCUGUCGGUGGAAUGGUGGCCACCGUUCCCAUAUAUCUCAGUGAGAUCUCUGCUCCGCGCAGCCGUGGCUUGAUCGGCGGAAUCUCAGGAUGCGGUAUCAGUCUAGGUACCAUGGCCUCCAACUGGGUCGGGUUUGCUUGCAGCUAUGCUCCAUACGGCGCCGUGCAGUGGCGUCUCCCAUUAGCAAUCCAAAUCCCUUGGGGCAUCAUCUUAUUCAUCGGCCUAGCAACCUUCAUGCCAAACUCGCCUCGCAUGUUGAUUCGUCAGGACAAGAUCGAGGAAGCCCGUGCUCAGUUCAUCAAUAUCCGACGAGAUUUGAGCUCGCACGAGGCUCGAGAAGAAUUCACUCUCAUGCAUGCGCAAAUCGAGUUUGAGAAGAAGCGAGAAAUCAAGUCGCUUGGGGAGAUCUUCAAGCUCUUCAGGCAUCGUGCGCUUGUGUCCAUUGCUGUGCAGACCAUGACCAGUCUUACUGGUGUGAAUGUGAUCCAGUACUACCAAACAAUUCUCUACAAAUCUCUCGGUAUCAACUCUCAUAUGAUUUUAGCUUUAGCCUCAAUUUAUGGAACUUGUGCAUUCGUGUCAAAUGUACUCACCACAAGAUAUAUACUCGACUCAUGGGGUCGCAGACCCAUGAUUUUAACCGGUCUCGCGGCAGUCGUUGUCAUCGAAAUUUAUGCUUCCGUCAUGCAACGAGAGUUUCAAAAUACCGACAACAAAGUGGGCAAAGGUUUUGCCGUUCUGGGAAUUUACCUUUUCGUCAUUUUCUACUAUGGAAUGCUUAACAGCACUACCUGGUUGUAUGGCGCAGAAGUCCUUCCUAUCGCUCUUCGGUCAAAGGUCAUGGGACUCGCUGCAGCUUCACACUUUAUCGUUAAUGUUGGAAUCACAGAGGCUGGACCCAGCGCCUUCGCUAACAUCCACGAAAACUACUAUUACGUCUUCGUGUCUUGUUCAUUCUUCUUCCUGGUGAUCGCAUACUUCUAUUUCCCUGAGACGAAGCAGAAGACUCUCGAAGAGAUUGCAGCAGCAUUUGGUGACAAGGUUGUUCUGAUCACUGAGAACGAUGUGGCUGCCGAAGAGGCUGUCAUUGCUGACAAGGUCGACGAGAUGCAGGUCGAGGAGGCUCAGACCCGGAAGAAAGUGCAGGCAUGCGCUCCUUACGAUGAACGUUAUGGUUAUCCCAUCAGGAACUACCAGAACUGGGAGAAUGUUGCCUUCAAAAAUGCUACAGCACGUAUGAAGUAG